UGUCAAUGUCAUAAAUCAGCUGAAGUGAAUUUUCUUCACAUUUCUCGAUUUGAUCCAAAAUCUAAAAAAUCAUAACAUAUAUAAGAUAAUUACAUGUAAUCGUCCUGUAUUAGUUAAGAAAAGUGUUUAAGCAAGGAUCUUUAAUAUUGUGAAGAAUGUCUGCGAAGGAAACUAUGAACGACUUUAAAGAAAACUACGCAAAAGUUCGAAAAUUGCUGGAUGAGGAAAGCAAACAUGAUCCAGAAAAUGAGCCGUAUUUAUCUAAAUACAAAGCUAAAGAAAUACUACGUAAUAUGCGUGAUUCAAUAUCAAAGGUGAAAAGCUCAGAGACUACCAUAGAUUCAAUUAAACUUGAUGCCAUGUUGGGUGCAGUCCUCUUGAACAUGGGCAUCAUAGAUAUGGAAACUGAAGAACUUACUGCCAGCGAGAAGGUGCUAGUAGAGGCAGAAGCUCUGCUCUCUGAUCAUGCUUCUAAACCAGAAGUAGUUAUCACUCUUCUUAGUGUAUACAAUAACUUGGGCAUACUCUGGUCUAACCGUGAGGAACCUCACAAAGCUCAAACCUAUCUUGUUAAAGCUAAAGAACUCUAUGAUAAUUUUAAAUGCACUUUACAAAUGCCUCUACCCAUAGAAUAUAUUUUUGGUGCUGAUGAGGCCGAAGUACAAGAUUUCCUUUUAUUAGAAAAAGCCCACACCCUCACACUGUACUACAUGGCUCAACUCUAUGGAUAUUUCAAAGAAAGAGUCAAAUCUUCUAUAUAUUGUCACACCACUCUGAGGAGGCAAUUGCAGUAUUCUGAUUAUGAGCCCAUAGAUUGGGCUUUGAAUGCAGCUACUUUAUCCCAGUUCUUUGCUGAACAAAAUGGUUUCUAUCAGUCCCGGCACCACCUGGCUGCUGCCUCAACUAUCCUAGACCAGUAUGCAGAGAAACUUCAGGCUGUACAAAGCAAUGAUGAGGUACAUCUGGCUAAGUUAGAAUCACUGAAGCAUCGGUCUGCAGAUGUGGCUCGGUGCUGGGCCAAAUACUGCCUCCUGCUGAUGUCCAACUCCAAGCAGAGACUCAUGAUUGACUCUGAAAGCCUACCUGAAGCCAUUACAGAUAUGACAAAUUUAAAACUUGAAGAUGAUGAAAACAUAUGUGGAGGUGAUGUUAAAAGUCUUAUUUUCCCUGAUUUGGAUGUGUCUAAAUACGAAAACAAGGUUACAGAUAAGUUCUUGUUGACUUAUGAAGAUGCCAGAGAUGUAUUUCUGUCAUGUCAAAAUUGGUUGAACAAAGCUAAGGAGUACUACAAGCUUGAUGGUCAGGCCACAGAUUACAUAGAGUUAGUGCAGGACAGCUCACAGUCAUACAGCUACCUGGCCUUCUUCGAGGAUGAUGAUGAGAGGCAAGCCAAAAUGCAGAAAAGGAGGAUCAAUAUGUUGGAGGAACUAGUCAGUGAAAUCAACCCCACAUUCUACUUGCAGUACUGUAGACAACUGUGGUAUGAACUUGGUGAAGUAUACUCAGAUAUUCUAAACAUUAAGCUAGAAAAGAUGAACAAAGAGAAGCCAAACCCCCAAGCCCUGAAGAAAAUUAAUGUGCUUUGUGAGAAAAGCAUAGAAAACUAUGACAAAUUUUUGUCUUCUGUUAAGGAUAAGAAGGGUGAGUUUCCUUUGAAGUUGGAUCAUGAUCUCAUUAGGCCAGUGAUUAGUGCACUGGCGUUUAUUGGUAGGAACAGUAUGAAGAGAAUAGCGGUGGACAAGUCGGUGCAGCUGAGCCAUGUGCAGCACAGUCUGGACUCGUACCAGGCGGUGGUGGACAUCUGCAGCCGGGACCAGGACGCCGCCCUCAUGAUGGCCGAAGAGUUCAGCUUAUGUCAGGACAUGGCCAAGAUCUUACCAAUUAAAAUCAAGAAACUGCAGAGUCAAAUAUUCUCAGAAGGCUAAGGUUGAAUGAUACUAUGUUAUUCUAUAUACCACAUUGCUUCUUAAUAAUGUUACACUUGAGCUUAAACUUUAAUUUAAACUAUAAAUUAUUGAAUGAAACAAG